CACUUACGUCACGUCUUGAAAGGGAGGAAUAUGGUCAUUUUAGCUAUCUAUUAUCUUCUGCGCACCGAUUUCUUUUAGAUCUGGACGAAAGACUGUGUUAUCAAAAUAGAUCAAAUUUUUUUAAAAUGGCGAGGAAAAGUUAUGACUACCUUUUCAAAUUGAUCCUUGUAGGAGACUCAGGCGUCGGGAAGACGGACAUUUUAUUUCGUUUAUCUGACGAUGCAUUUAACACGACGUUUCAAACGACGAUAGGUCUUGAUUUUAAGAUAAAGACCAUUGAGCUUCAAGGAAAGAAGAUCAAGUUGCAGAUAUGGGAUACAGCUGGCCAGGAGCGUUUUCACACAAUUACCUCAUCAUAUUACAGAGGAGUAAUGGGCGUUAUGUUGGUCUAUGAUAUCACUCAGGAGAAAACGUUUGAUAACAUCCCCAAGUGGCUGAGGAAUAUCGAGGAGAAUGCACCUGAUGUUGAAAUGAUGAUCCUUGGUAACAAGUGUCAUAUGGAUGAUAGAAGAGUUGUUACCAAAGAACGUGGAGAACAGAUUGCCAGAGAACAUGGUAUUCGCUUCUUCGAAACAAGCGCCAAAACCAAUGUCAACAUAGAACAGGCAUUCUACACCCUAGCAGAAGAUAUUCUAAAGAAACAAUUGACCAAAGACAAUGAGGAAACUUCCCAAAACAUCCGUGUGAACAAUAUACAAGAGAAAAAGUCUAGCUGCUUUUAAAGAGAGUUUUGACAGCAGCUAUAUUUUUGGUAGACAAUUCACUUAAAAUGUGCAGUUAAUUCUUAUGGGGGAUAGUCAGUUCCUGGAACAGAAGUGUAUGUAGUUUCCAUGUGUGAGAUAAAUGGAGAGGAUGGACUUCCCACUUUCCUC